GGUGCCACCCUGCAGCCCCAGGAGCCACCAGCGUCUACGAGGCUCUGAGGAGGACAAGAUCCGGCUGCGCCAUGAAGCCCUGGCUCCUGCUCUGGACCCUGCUGCUCCUGGGGGCAGCACCCGGCCCAGGCCCCCAGCCCACCACGGGGGCCCAGAACAGCUGCGCCCAGCGCUGUGGGGACAAGAAUGGACCCUGCUCUUGUCACCCGACCUGCCGGGGCCUGAACACCUGCUGCUUGGAUGUGAAGGAUUUCUGCUUGGACAUCCUGCCCUACUCGGGCUCCACCAUGGGCGGCAAGGACUUCGUGGUCCAGUGGCUGCGUCCCGGAGCCAUCCAGGGCAUUGUCUGCAGGUUUCAGGAGCGUGUGCUGACCCGAGGCUGGGUGGACAGCCGCCAGCAGGUGCACUGCGUGUCCCCCCUGCUCUAUGAGAGUGGCCUCAUUCCCUUCACACUCUCGCUGGACAACGGACGCACCUUCGACCGCUCGGGCACCUGGCUGGCCGUGCACCCCAGCAAGGUGUCAGAGACGGAGAAGUGCUUGCUGGUAAACGAGACGCGCUGGCAGUACUAUGGCACAGCUGGCACCGAGGGCACCCUCACUGUGACAUGGAGUCCUGAUCUGCUGCCCACCCGCAGUGUCUCCAUCGAGCUGUGGGGCUACCAGGAGACAGGGAAGCCCUACUCGCAGGACUGGACAGCACAGUGGUCUUUCCUGUACACCCUGGCCCCCGAGGUCUCCAACAACGGCUCCUUCACCUUCACGCCCAGGCCCGCGGCCCCCCGCUUCCAGCAGUGGCAUGUCGGCGCCCUGCGGAUCCUGGACAGCGCUCGAGCAGAUGGGGAGAAGGAUGUGCAGGCCCUCUGGAGCAAUGAGCACGCACUGGCCUGGCACUUGGAAGAGGCCUUCCGGGCCGACCCAGUGGCCUGGGCUCGAAAUCAGUGCCUGGCCUGGGAGAAGCUGGAAGACCAGCUGCCCGACUUCCUGGAGGAGCUGCCUGCCUGCCCCUGCACGCUGACCCAGGCCCGGGCCGACACUGGACGCUUCUUUACGGACUACGGCUGUGACAUCGAGAAUGGCAGCGUGUGUACCUACCACCCGGAGGCCGUUCACUGUGUCCGCUCUGUGCAGGCCAGCCCCCGCUAUGCUGCAGGCCAGCAGUGCUGCUACACCGCGGACAACAUGCAGCUGCUGACGGCAGACUCUGUCAGCGGCAGCACGCCCGACCGGGGCCACGACUGGGGCGCUCCCCCAUUCCGCGUACCCCCGCGCGUGCCUGGCCUCUCCCACUGGCUCUAUGAUGUCAUCAGCUUCUACUACUGCUGCCUCUGGGCGCCCGAGUGCCCCCGCUACAUGAGCCGGCGGCCGUCCAGCGGCUGUCGGAACUACCAGCCCCCGAGCCUGGCCUCCGCCUUUGGGGACCCUCACUUCCUCACCUUUGACGGCGCCAACUUCACCUUCAACGGGCGUGGCGAAUACGUGCUGCUGGAGGUGGGUCUGCCCCGGCUGAGCGUGCAGGGCCGCACUCAGUCAGACAUGAUGCCCAACGGCACUCAGGCUCGGGGCACAAGGCUGGUGGCAGUGGCGGUCCAGGAAGACUCUUUGGACGUGCUGGAGGUGCGGCUGGCCAGCGGGUCUGCGACGCCCCUGCAGGUGCUGCUGAACCAGCGGGUGCUCAGCUUCGAUGAGCAGAGCUGGAUGGACCUCAAGGGCAUGUUCCUUUCCACAACCGACAAGCGUGUGUCCAUCAUGCUGUCCUCGGGGGCCGGCCUGGAGGUCAGCAGCCAGGGCUCGUCCCUGAGCGUCUCCGUCCUGCUGCCGGAGAAAUUCCAGAACCGCACCAGGGGCCUCCUGGGGACGCUCAACGGGAACCCGGCCGACGACUUCACCCUCCGCAGCGGCCGCGUCCUGCCUGCCAGCGCCAGCGCCCGCCAGCUGUUUGAGUUCGGGGCGGACUGGGCUGUGCGGAACGAGUCCUCCCUGUUCACCUACGACUCCCGCUUCCUGGUCAACAACUUCCUGUACCGGCCCAAGCACGACCCCUCCUACCUGCCCCUCUUCCCCGACGAGGUGGACAUCCCGCCCCAGGUGGACACCCUGUGUAAGGGUGACCCUUUCUGCAGCUUCGACGUGGUGGCCACGGGGAGCCUGAGUGUGGGCAAUGCCACCCGCACGGCCCACCAGCUACACCGGAAUCGAGUACAGAGCCUGCAACCAGUGGUGUCCUGCGGCUGGCUGGCCUCUCCUGCCAAUGGCUACAAGAACAGCUUCCAGUACCUGGCCGGCUCCACCGUCCACUUUGGCUGCCAGCCUGGCUACAGCUUGGAUGGGGCGGAGGCCAGCACCUGCCAGGCAGAUGGCACCUGGACCAUGCCCACCCCCAAGUGCCAGAAAGGGCGGAGUUACACUGUACUGCUGAGUAUCAUCUUCGGAGGCCUGACUGCCGCCCUGCUGGCAGUACUGUUGUACCUGCUCAUCCAGCGCCGCAAGGGCCACCGGGAUGUCCUUUGGGGCUCGCGGGCGUGAGCACCCAGCUAGCACCCUGUGGCCUGGACGCCAGGGAGCUAGUGAGUACACUGCUCAGACUAAAGUUGCUGCCCACAGGCUGACGCCCGGCUCCAGCCAUCACUGAGCUUCUAGCAAGCCCUGGAGUCUCAGGUGCCAGACCACACGCCUGUCACCCUGACGCCUGGGCACGUGCUCCCAGUGCCUCGCUGCGGCAGGCCCUGAUCCCGGACUCAGGACCCCAGAGCAGGGCCCCUUGUGGAGGGGCUGCCCACACUCCAGCCCUGAACUGGUCACUCACACGCGGGCACCCUCUGGAGCUCCCUGUCUGUGCGUCAGCUUCCCCUGGGGCAGCCCCAGCUCAUGGGCAAGCCCCAGUCAAGGAAACUGCACCCGCCCCUGCACCACCCUCCCCAUGUUGGAGCCACCGUGUACCCGGCCUCUCUAUCAGUGACCCUCUUAUUUAUCAAGCAUGAUGCGUUGCUCCGAGGACCUGCCUCCCUGGUGACGGACGCGUCUGGAGGCUGUGAGGCAGCCUCACUGUCCUUGCUACUGCCCCUCAGGGAAGGAGGAAAUACAGCCAAUGUGCCCACCACUGUCA